AGACCCAACCAGCGGAGGGGAGGACACAGCCGGAACAACUUUCAGGCUCCGAGACGGGAUCGCGUCCAGCAGAGAGAGGGGAACCGGGAGAUGUUCACAACUAAAAGACGCCUGUUGAAGAUGAUAGUGUCCACUCCACAGUCCCUGGAAUCAGCUGUAACUAAAAGCUUCAAGGAUUUUGUGAUAGCACAAAACCCAUCUCUUGAAAUUCUAAACAAGUCUGUGAUCCGCUCAGAGUUAGUCAGAGUCUACAAUGAAAAACGAAACGAGCUGCAAUCCACCUUGGCGUCUGCUGAUGACAUUGUGCUGACAUGUGAGUCGUGGUCUCACAGGGCUGAAGACUCCCUCCUGAUGGUCGGCUGCCAUUUUGUGGACAGCCUUGGGAAACUCAAAUCCUACCUGCUUGAAACUAAAGGCCUCUCUGGAGACGAGUCUGCAGCCAUUCAAAAGCAGCUCUCUGCUGUCAUGGAGGCUUGGGGCCUGGAAGGAAAGGUCCACUGUGUUGUCAGAGCCGGCCUACCACAACUGAAAGGAGUCAAAUGGAUGGGCAUGCCUUGCUUUGCAAACGAACUGAAUGUGAUGUUUAAGGAUCUGACGAGUCAUGAUGAGCUGUCCGAUGUCUUUAGAAAGUGUCGGGACAUCGUCAGAUUCUUUAAGUUUGAUUCUGAAGCAGAGGAGAUGCUCAGAGAGAUUCAAAAGAAGAUGGAGAUGGAACAAGUCGAGCUGAUCCUGCCCUGCGGGGACAGAUGGCUUCUCUGGUUAGACAUGCUUGAAGGACUGAUUCUGCAGCACGAGGUGAUGGUGAUGGUUUUAGUCCAGAAAAAGAAGAAAAAUUUAAUUCUUGAUGAAACUGAAUCCGAGAAAAUCCAGAACAUCAUAUCGGCUCUGAAACCCCUGAAGAAAGUCACAUCCAUGAUGAAAGGGGAGGGAUUCCAGUCCAUUUCAGUAAUGCUGCCGCUGCUGAAGACGAUCAUGGAUGAUCUUGGAGAAGAAGUAAAGAAAGGGAACAAUGUUGCUAAAAUAUUUCAUUCAAAAUGCAAGAAGAACUUUGGAGACAUCAACAAGCACCGAUUGGCUCUCAUGACAUUCCUCGACCCGAGAUACAAAGACAAGCUUGGGGAGCAAAACAAAAAAAAUGCGAUAAAAGAGCUAAAGCAGGAGCUCACGGCAGCCCGAACAUCCUGUUCUGCUGCUCAACUGGAAGCCCUCCUGGAGAAGUACAUCAACUACAAACCUACUUCAGAGGAUUCCAACCCUUUUGCCUGGUGGAGGAACACAGGAAAGACCAAAUUUGAUGAAUUAAGCAGGCUUGCUCUGAAGAAACUUGGGAUCGUCUCCACAGCUGUGCCCUUAGAGAGAGCCUUCUCCUCACUAGGUGUUCAGUUCUGCAACAACAGGAGCUCCAUCGAGCCAGAAAACCUCAACAUGAUCCUGUUCCUCCACAGCAACUGGCCCAACAUAUAGAUAGUCUACCAAGCUUUUUGAGCUGAUAAGAUCGAGAUAAGAAAGUAAGAAAUUGGUCUCAGGCUCUUCACCCAUGCUGUAGCCAUAAAAGAACAACAAUCAACAUUAUUCACAUAAAACAAUAAAUAAUGUCCACAAAAAAUAAGAAUAUAACUAACAUCAGGUUCCUAAAAUACCAUUGCAAAAAUGUAAAGACACAUUAUCGUCCAGUGCCUAUCCAGUCUUAUUUGCCACUAUUUAACUGCUUUAUAAACCUGCUCUGAGCUCGUUUUAACCUCUGCGCUGAUUUGAGUCCCUAAUGGCUCUGCCCUCGUUUUAAGGGCCUUUCAGAUAGCUGGGCUCUGCGCACCGCUGCCAAGCCCAUGCAUUGUCUAUUGUGUUGCUCUGCGCAAGAGCAUAUCUCCUUGCCACCGAGUUGAUUGCAGCACAGCGUCCCGCUUGUCACUCUUGCGUGCUUGGCGAAAGUUAAAACAUUUUCUAUUUGCUCGGUGACGUCACCUCCGCUCAUCCAAUAGGAGAAUAACUCAGAUCACAACAAACGUGUCUCACUUUCCUGAGCUCUAGUUUAAACACCUACCGGGACAUCGGCAAGAAAGGGUGUACCAGGUGUGUUUAAAACAGAGCAGUAAUGUGUGUCAUACUCGUAAACAGGUCGUUAUAGAGCUGCAGCUCCUGAACGACCUGAAACUCUCCCACAUCCUGUUGAUUUCAUCAUCAUCUUUGCUGCCUGUCUCCCCCUCCGCAGCAGAAGAAAAGUCGGGGCUUUUUUCUCACUAGUGGACACAUAGAUCUACAAAUUGCUGUGGCAGAAGCUAUUCUCUCGAGCUAUUUUCUCAACUAUUAUUUUCUCCUAGCAACAUGCGCUGUUGGAUUUUGCUCGUAUGCGCUCUCCACAUUUGCGCUGCGCUCAUUUUAGUCCUUGAUUGGGCUGCACUUAUUAAGUCCCCAAUAACUUUGCACUCAAUUAGUCCCUGAUCGUUCUGAUCAGUUAAUUGUUUUCCUUUUUGUACAAAUAAAGAUCAAGAAUCUCAAAUACUUUUAAAAUAGUAUAUUCAUCCAGACAUAUAUAAAGGUGGUUCUUGCAGACUUUAAUAUAAUUGGUCUGAGUGCUGUUCUCUAUGAGGUAAUGUUUAACAGUUUAUGUGUUUAUCUAAGAAACAAAGAGUGUAUGUGUGCAUUUUUCAUAUUUACAACUGAAACUGAUUUGACUUUUUGCCUUUGGUGACUUUAUUUCAAUGUAAAUCCAAAGAUAAGUUGGUAUUUUGUCCAUGACCUCGUUUAAAAAAUCUCCUUCUGUCUUUUGUUUUUGUUUUAUAAAAUCACGAGAAUAUCUUUGUUACAUGUUUUUGCAUUAUCCUUUUUUUUUUUUUAAAUCUUCUUUCAUUUUGUCUGUAAGUGCCUUAAUCGAUAUUAACUGUUAUAAGAAAUUAAUAUUCUCAGGUUCUGUUGUUCUUAUAAGAGCAGAUUUUAUGUCACCAAACAGCAAAGACCUUCAAGUUAAACACUCCUGAAAAGAGAAGCCAUGAGAGUGCUGUAGUUACAGACGGUGAACACCAGAGGGCAGCAGAGGGAAGGAAGAAACGGAGCAGCUGGACAUGGAUGUUUGCAUUUCCUCAUCAAUAAUCAAAGCAGGAUCUGAAACCUGAUCUGAGAAACAAUAACCAUGGAAACAGCAGCCAGAGGAGGAGGAGCUUAAAGACGAGAUUUUAAAUGUUUAAAGUCAAUAAGAAAAGUUUGAUAAACUUAUAAUCAGCAAAAAUAAUCAAGAAAUGUUUUUAAUGUUUUGUGAAAAUGAUUAUCAUUGCAAUAAAAGUUGCCCGGUUUGUGUGUCUUUAAA